AUGGAACUUUUGAGGGAAUAUGACAGUGAUAGUGACUCUGGUGAGGCUAAUAUACAAGAGUUGGAAAACGUUUAUCGCUCAGUGUACCUUAUUACGUAUAGUCAAGCCGAUAAAGCUGUACUUCCAUCAUGGAAAGACUUCGCUUUAAGAGUUGUGAAGUCCUUUUCGUCUGGCAAAGCUAAAGUCGUGCAAUGGUGUUGCUCAGAGCAAGAACACAGAAACAAGGGAAACAUAACCAUGCAUCUAGUAGUAAAACGUAAACAGAACCAAAACGAUGGCUCAUCUCCAAGAG